AUGACGGUCAUGGCUGGCACCCCGCACGGCAAGGUCCUUGACCGCCGUCUGUCGUGCCAGCAGGCCAUUGAAAACGCCUCGAGCCAGUGCCAGGAUUUCCUCCAUGGUCUUGGUGUCUGUCUGCAGGAGAUUGGCCACACCGGCCAGCCCUGCUGGACUGCCUACGGCCAGUACGUGUCGUCAUUCGACCAGUGCUUCAUGGACUUUGUGAACUGCUUUGUCCCCCCGGGUCUCCAGUGGGGUUAA